UCCGUGCUUGGAGCCGCACUGUCUGUUUGAGCGUCUUUGUGUCCCCAUGAAAGGGCCACUGUCUGGCCUGUGUAGCCUAGAAGGGGCACAGGCGGGCUUGCCCAGACCCAGAGUGACCUGGCACUCGGCUGUUGAGCUCGGGGACUGUUGAGGCAACGCUGCUCUGGCAUGAUGGACCCCGCACUGGGACGAAGGGCAGCCUCCCUCCUGACCCUGCUGCUGCUGCUGGAUGGUCACAUGCUGUCCCCACCGUCCCCACCUUCCCCAAUGUCCGGACUGCUGGGGCUGGUCAGUGAGUACCUGGACCAACACCAGGAUGAGCUGGUGCAGACCCUUCGGGACUGGGUGGCCGUGGAGAGCGACUCCGUGCAGCCCGUGGCCCGGCUGCGGCAGGAGCUAGCCCGGAUGAUGGAGCUGGCGGCAGAGCACCUGAGGGGCCUCGGUGCCCGUGUGGAGCUGGUGGACACAGGCUCUCAGCAGCUGCCAGACGGUCAGCACCUCUCAAUACCACCUAUCAUCCUGGCGGAGCUGGGGACUGACCCCAAGAAACCCACCGUGUGCUUCUAUGGACACCUGGACGUGCAGCCAGCCCGGCGUGAGGAUGGGUGGUUCUCGGACCCCUACAUGCUCACCGAGGUGGAUGGAAAGCUGUAUGGACGUGGAGCCACAGAUAACAAAGGCCCGGUUCUAGCCUGGAUCAAUGCCGUGGGUGCUUUUGGGGCCCUGGGCCAGGAUCUCCCCAUAAAUGUCAAGUUCGUCCUGGAGGGGAUGGAGGAGGCUGGCUCCGUGGCCCUGGAGGAGGUGGUGCAGCGGGAGCGUCUUGGCUUCUUCGCCAGUGUAGACUACAUCGUCAUCUCUGACAACCUGUGGUUGAGCCGGACCAAGCCAGCACUGACCUACGGCUCACGAGGGAACAGCUACUUCACAGUGGAGGUAAAGUGCAGGGACCAGGACUUCCACUCUGGAACCUUCGGGGGCAUCCUGCAUGAGCCCAUGGCUGACCUGGUGGCCCUCCUGGGGAGCCUGCAGGACUCAUCAGGCCGCAUCCUGGUUCCCGGCAUCUAUGAGCACGUGGCCCCGCUGACAGAGAAGGAGAAGCAGAUGUAUGAGGCCGUGGAGCUGGACCUGGAGGAGUAUCGUAAUAGCAGCCGUGUGCGCCGCUUUCUCUUCGACACCAAGGAGGACCUGCUGAUGCACCUGUGGCGGCUCCCGGCUCUCUCCAUCCAUGGUGUGGAGGGCGCCUUCAAUGAGCCGGGCACCAAGACCGUCAUCCCGGGCUGCGUUACUGGCAAGUUCUCCAUCCGGCUCGUCCCUGACAUGGAUGCGUCGGUGGUGGAGAAGCAGGUGAGACAGCACCUCGAGUCAGUCUUCUCCCAGAGGAACAGCUCCAACCAGCUGGCAGUAUCCAUGGUGCUGGGCCUGCCACCGUGGAUUGCUGAUGUUCAGGAUGGCCAGUACCUGGCCGCAAGAAGGGCCAUUUGCACAGUGUUUGGGAUGGAACCAGACAUGAUCCGGGAUGGGUCCACCAUCCCCAUCGCCAGGAUAUUCCAGGACCUUCUAAAGAAGAGCGUGAUGAUGCUUCCCCUGGGCGCGGCCGAUGACGGGGAGCACUCCCAGAACGAGAAAAUCAACAGGUGGAACUACAUUGAAGGCUCCAAGCUUUUUGCGGCCUUUUUCCUGGAGCUGGCCAAGCUGCAUUCCUGAUGGGACGUGAUCCCCGGGGCAGAACCACCCCAUGUAUAUGCACAGCAAAUGCCAGUUCUGCCCAUUUGAAAAAUCUCUGAGGGAGUUGCUCCAGUGAGGAGAGGCUGUCACAGGACAGCAGGGCCCAGCAUCUUGCCUGUUGUGAUCAUGCCAUUUUCCCAAGUUUUCCUAUUAUCUCCUUGGCCAGGUCUGCCCGCAGACAUCCUCAGGGUGAAUACUGCCCCGUCUGGCUUUCGAGUCCUCUAGUGCUCAGGAGCCAGGAGCAGCAAGC